ACAGCUGCCCGGAGGGGACGCCUUUCGAAGGCGGACCAUCCGGCGCGCAGCCAGGAUGGCGGCGGAGGGCUCCUGCGAGCUGCCGGUGGUGCCGGCGGCAGGGCUUGGCCUGUCCGGGGCUCCCUCCGCCUCCUGCCGGCGCUGCAGCAGCAGCUCCAGUUCGUCGUCGUCGUCCUUCUCCUCGCCUUCGUCGUCGUCGUCGUCGUGCGGGGGCUGCCUCGCUCCCCCGGCCCCUCCCGUCGCGGGCGGCGUGCCCGGGAAAUGGGUCCGGCUGAACGUGGGCGGCACCUGCUUCCUCACCACCCGGCAGACGCUCUGCAGGGACCCCAAAAGCUUCCUUUUCCGCCUCUGCCAGGCCGACCCGGACCUCGACUCCGACAAGGAUGAAACAGGUGCCUACUUAAUAGACAGAGAUCCAACCUACUUUGGACCGGUGUUGAAUUAUCUCCGACACGGGAAACUGGUUAUCAAUAAAGACCUCGCAGAGGAAGGUGUGCUUGAAGAAGCUGAAUUCUACAACAUCACAUCCUUAAUCAAACUUGUAAAGGACAAAAUAAGGGAACGAGACAGCAAAAUCUCACAGGUGCCAGUCAAGCACGUUUACAGGGUGCUGCAGUGCCAGGAAGAGGAGUUGACUCAGAUGGUCUCCACCAUGUCUGAUGGCUGGAAAUUUGAGCAGCUAGUCAGCAUUGGAUCUUCCUAUAAUUAUGGGAAUGAAGACCAGGCCGAAUUCCUUUGUGUUGUUUCCAAGGAGCUGCACAACACCCCUUAUGGCACGGCCAGUGAGCCCAGCGAAAAGGCAAAGAGUGAAGACGAAGAGACGGAUUACGAUAUGAAUGACUCAGAUUAAGUGUGAAUGCCAUGAUCUUGCAGGAGCGAGGUUCAAGGAUGUAACUCUGCCCCAGUAUUGAAUGCUGACAAGUUUUCCUUUGCAUUGCCAUACGAAGAGGCUUGGCACCAAGAGGAUGUCGCUUGUUCAGACCAUUUCUGUAGUUCUGGAUUUUGAACCCUGAAGGUGGUGCUGCAGCUGGAGCUGGCUGCUUGCAGAUGCCUGCCUUCAGCAGCAAGAGGGGUUGUGUUGGCUCUGGUGCCCGGUUGUGCUGAUCUUAAUCCCAUGGAAAGAAGAUUUGACUUCACUCUAUGCUUUCCUUCCGAAGAGAUAUAGCGAUGCUUUGCUGAUUGUAGGGAAACAAUUUGGGUUUUAAUAAUUGUAGGCAGUUCAAGGUCAACAUACUUGGUGCUAUGAAUAAAUUACAGCCCACAUGUGGGCAGACAUCCUUAAGCAGCUCCAGUUGACUGUGGCGGCUGCUGUACAUUCCUUGGGGAUCUAUUGUACGAAUGCACUAGCCCAGACUAAGGGAGGGGUGCAUCUUCUUCCCCUUCCCGACCCUGCUUGCUUCAGUACCCAGAGGGUAUUCUCUUCUUGGGAAGAUGGUCUUAUUUUGCCCACAUCUCUAGGGACAGCCUUCCUCUCCAGGUAACUUGCUCCUGUAAAGGUUAACCUCCAAUUUUAGCUACGCUUUAGGAUUGAAGCCCCAGUUAAACAAAAAUAAUAUGGCAAAUACCUUGCCUUGCACACAUGUGUGCACACACGAAACACACACACACACACACACACCAAAGUUGCGUUCUUUGUUUUUAGAAAUGCCUGCAAGUAUUGCUACCCCCGUGGACUCACAGCACUGAAGAUAGACAUGGGGGUUGAGUCUUCAUGGGUGCUCCAUCAUGAAGGCUGGGAAUGAGAAUCUCUGUGCUCAAAACCAUCAGAGUUUGUGCAGCUGAAGGCAGGAAUUAUUGUGAUUCUUUAACAGAUGUUUACAGUCAUUUCUACAUUCUCUUAUCUAUGCAGUUCCUUCUGAUGUUUGGCAAGUACUGUCAAUAACACUUGUGGUUUCAUUGAGAGAGGCUUGUGGUAAAUGUGAAGAAACACAACUGGAGCUUUUUAGUGUACUGUGUUUAAAUGAAACCAUUAGCAUGUCUUUUGAAAAUAGGUUUAAAGGAGUAUAUACAGAUCUCUCUGCUUCAUAGAGCACAGAGAGGAGCCCUUGCUUGUCUGAGGCUCUCUUAACAUGCUACCUAUAUUUUAACUUUCAUUAAGCAACUCACAGAAGCUGUGUGUAUACACACCCCUUUUCCAUUCAUUCAGAUGUGUGGAGUCCUCACAAUCUUGAGCAUCCCUUGUCUGCCUGCAUUUUUGAUCUGGUUUUUGGCAAACCUUUUCUGCCCAGUAGAUCAGCAAGUGGGCCAUUUGUCUUUUGCCAUGGAGACUGGUCUGCACAGAAAGUUGCAAGGCCCUCCUCAACAUUGAGUAAUCCGUUUGUCUUUUUUAAGAUGUUAGCAUUGAAAUGAAUUUACUAAAAUGUAAUUCUUCUGAAGGGUGAAAUGUUUCUACUUUUAUACUUUUUUAGGCAUCUUGUGUUUGAUUACUGUAAAGCGAACGCCAAUGUGCUAAGAGAUCACAUUUCAUGUACGUAGAAAGAAAUGUUACUGCGAGUGUGUCUGCGUGUGCAUGUGUGUGUGCACGCACACAUAUAUGCAGAUGCAAAGAUGGCUCUUGAAUUGGCUGAACAGGCCUUGUUCUCCUUCAGGCCCCACUGUUACUGUGACGCAUUCUGCCAGGGCAGUCUGAGUGGCUGACUUGAAAGGCCUCCAUCUCCAAACAGCCUUUCCUUAAAGGUGGUGCACAUGCCUGUCCAGAAACUGCCUUUGAAUGUUUUUGCUGUAAGUAGCAAAGGAUUUGACUGACACAAAUUUCAGGCUUGAGAGGGGGCAGCAGCAAAACAUGGUGAGUGGAAGGAGGUGGAGCACAGAAGCAGCCACUCUGUCCAUCAAGUGGCCAGUGAACGUGUUUGCUGCUUUGGGGUGGGAUUUCCCACCUUGCUGCCACUGUCCCCUUAUGUCCUUGGAGGAGGGGAUUUUUGAUGUUCCUCUUGUUCUCCCUCUGACUUUAAAGCCAGAAAGCAUCAGGAGACACUUUGGAAGGGGCUGAAGCCAGCGUCUGUCAGGGUGAUAAUUUUGGCUGCAGGCAAGGUUUUCUUUCUGCAUUGGUUUGGCUUCUUACUGAACACAGAAAAAGUUUUAGCAUGUUGAACAGUAUGAAAUUUAAGUUGCAUCCUAGGAUUUAACCUUGCAAGUGUGGAAUCUUUUUGUAUUCUUCAUGAUUGUGGAAUGUGGUCUGUGGUAUAAAGCUUAGCAUGUUGAGAACCUCAGCUUCCAUUGUUGGCUUAAGAAAAAAUACAGGUUUCUUGCUCUCGUGAUGGGUAAUGUAGGCAGUGAGAGGAGAGCUCAGAAAGCAAGUGGGUGCCAGACUAGGCUUUCCUAUCCUUUGUGGCUCUGCUUCUGUCUCCCAGAACUGCCACCUCAGGCCUUUUAUUCUCUCCUUUUCCCUUUGUUACUUGUCUGUAGGCUCCUGAAACUUGGAAGCCAGGUAUCUUUUAAAAAUUAGGGGAAGUAUUGAAACUGGCACUGCAGAAUAUCACUUUCUUUGGUACAAAUUUUAGAUUGUACCAAAAACCCUAUACCAUGAAGUGUAGAGGACAGCAGGUAAAGGGCUACCCAGGUGCCUUCUGCUUCUUUGCUCACGUUCUUUAAGGGGAGAGAACAGGUGCUCCUUUCAGCCACUUGCCACUUUCCUCACUUCAGUGUGUUAGUGUCUCUAUGCAUUCUGCAAAUUACAUCCCCCCCUUGGAGAACUGGACAGAUUUCAGCAGCUUAAAAAGGCAAACUUUCCCAUUCCCACUGAAAUACUAAAGUGGACACAGACAACUUUUGUUGCACUGCUCAGCUGUAGUUUAGCCUCAGCUUUGCCUUCAUUUUACUCAGUUUUUUAAAAGAAAUGUCAAUUAUUUAUUUAAAAGGGGGUGGGGAGAGCAAAUGUGAAGUUUCUCAUGUAAACAAGGGGCUUGAAGGCCCCCCCCCCCCGAGGAGAUCAUUGAUUCUCAAGGCACAAGAGGCCCUGCAAUGAUGCCUGACAACAAAAGAAAUAGAUGCUUCAGUUACAUCUGUGCUUAUUUAGCCAUGCAACUUUCUGUCUUGUCUGUCCCAUCCCUUGCUGCCAUAAGCUGUCAUUUAGUCUGGAAAAAACAUACCCCAUUUCAGACACUUUCCCCUGCAAGAAAGAUAAGUUUAGAGGCACAGAUACAACCAUGGCCUGACACCCGGAUGCUGCCAUUCCCUGACUCUCACAUAUUUUAGUAAAAGGUGGGUAGAAUGAGUAGAGAAAAUUGCUUUUGUUGCAAGAGGAGAGAUCGACCCGAGGCCUGCUGUGUCCUUGUAGAGGGUGGAAGGGAGAACACUCCUUUCUCACUGUCAGAGCUACCACUUAACAAAGUUGAGUGUUGCCAAACAUUCACAUGCUCUCCUACCCCAGGCGUGGCAGCUGUUGCCUCUGUUUCAUUUCAAGGUUCUUUCUGAUAGUAUGCUGGUCUCUGGAGCAAAUGAUCUUGCGCAGUGAUAUAGGACUAGGGCCAAACUAUGCUCACACAUAGGACAUCCACACCAUCAGGGAUUCUGUGCAAUUGCUACUUGUAUGUAGGGGUUCCCUUGCAGAAAGCCAAAAUCAGUCACCGUCAGAGGGUAGGACUGCUAUGGCAUUAGAAAGAGAUGCAUGGACUCCCUCUGGCUUAAAACCAGUAGUUUCCUGCAUGUGAGUUAACACCUGAAUUCAAGGAGAAAUUGAGUUCCUUUGAAAGGCUGUAGUCCAAGUUUAGUCAUUGUCUACUUCUUGGACCUUCCUUCAAAUUCCAUUUUUAGUGCUGUUGCUGAACUAAGAUAUUUUCCACAGCCUAGGCUACUUUACCUGCUUGCAAACAGAAAAUGGAUUUGAAACAAGCCUUGAAGUGGUCCUUUGCUUAUUCAGUGCUCCUUCACUAUCUUGGCCAUCUCUGAAUCUUGCUUUAGAGCUGCCGUUUAAGAUUUGGUAAUGCAUUUACUUAGGGAAACAUGGGUGCCUCAAGCUUUGUGACAACUUGCUCCAAAAACGAGGGCUGAAAGGGCUACCUGGCUGUAAUUGUCAUGCAGUAGGAAUGUCAAGGGCUGGCCUUUCCACAGAACUUGAAUGCAAGUUAAUGAAAGUUUGCUUGCAUCUCAGUGGGGCCGUAAUCAAGAAGAUGCAUUUGCUUGUGAACACUCCCUCGUUUACAAAACUGAAAUGUCAUGUGUGGGAAAGUGUGUUUUCUGUCCUUCCAUAGGGUAGAAAACAGGUCAUUGCUUGGGGCCAAGUUUAUCAAAGGCAGCGUUUUCACUGUGCUUACAAAGGACUAGAUUUUCUGUGCACCUGGACAGGAAGCAAAUCCGAAUACUUGAUGCAUGCUUUACUUUUAAAACAUAACUACAAACCUAGAAUUAUUGCUACUACUAGUCAGGGGGGCUGUGUAGUGCAUCCAUGAGCAGAGGCACUCCUGUGCUUUUGAAUACAACAGUAUGAGGGCUUCCCAGGAAGGGCACUUGGUUGCCUUUUGGUCUGAUCCAGGAGGGUUCUUCCUACAUUAAAACUUCCCAGGUAGACCAACCAACAUGAGAGGUGAGAUCAUCACUCUGCCUUCCUCUGUGCUCUGGAAAGGUUGACCGUUUAAAACAUUGAUGAGGAGAGGCUGGUUUGAAAUUAGGCUCUUCCUGUGCCUCCCCUCCAACCCACCAGUUUGCUUUCUGCCAGGGUGGGGGAAGCAAUUACAUCAAUUUUUUUUUUAAAAAAAAUGUGGUACAAUCUUAUCUUCCAGACAGUGGAUUAGCAAUAGUUCUUUUUUGCACCAGUUCUUUAUCUUUGAAGAGUACUUUUUGCAGCAGUUUGACACCUGGCAUUGCACCCUUCCCCACCUCUGUACUUUUGGCCUGGCUGUGAGCAGAACAAAAUGAAAGAUUUCUUAGAGGAGUCCCUUUCGAGACAUCUCCAGUUCGUUUUCAGGUGGAUGUGUCACUUCUGGAACAAAUAUAUUACUGAUAUGUGUGGAUGUUUUAAAGAAAAGUUUCGUUACACUCGCUCCUUGUAAAGUGCAUGAAAUAAACGUCUCCUUUCUAACAAA